UGGAGGCCAUCGCCAAGGCCGUCCCGGUGGAGAUGAUGGGCAACAUCGCCAGGAAGGCCAGCGCACAGGUCGCAUGGAGGCGAUCAAGACGAUGCAUGUCGGCGUUGAGCGCAUCCGCAAGGCGAAGGCGAGCACUCUUCGUCGCAAUUUCGACACCCUCAAGUUCCACAACGGAGAGACGGUGGAAGAAUUCGGCGUCCGCAUCACCGGUAUCACAAACCAGCUCGCGGUCCUCGGCAACAGCUACGAUGAGGAGGAGGUCGUUCGCAAGUUUCUUCAAGCCCUUCCACCCGGGUACGAGCAGAUCGCCAUGUCGAUCGAAACCUUGCUUGAUCUCAGCAUGGUGUCAGUGGAGGAGCUGAUCGGGCGGCUCAAGGCGGCGGAGGAGCGCCACGGCCUCGCUUAGUCUACGGCUAGACUCAACCUGACCGAGGAUGAGCUGAUCACGUGCGUGGCUACGCGGCUGCAGCUGUCCGGGGAAGGCUCCAGCGACCAUGGGAAGCGCUCGGGCUCUGGACCGCGCAUAGGCCAAGGACGCGGGCGCGGCAAGGACGACAGCGGUCGUGGUAGCUUCAAGCCACCCAAGCGUGGCGCAAAUGGCAGGAACACUGUCGCCGACGAUGAGUGCUGGUACUGUGGCAAGAUGGGCCAUUGGCCCCUCGAGUGUCGCAAGAAGAAAAGGGACGAGCAAGCCCAUGUGGCCCAGGCGGAGGAGGAGAAGGAGCCCACUUUGCUGGUGGUGGUGGUGUCGGUCAAUGCUACCUCCCACUCUGCCCCGCCACUACUGAGCUCUACGCUGCCGGCGGGUGGGUCCCCGAUCCACCUCGACGAGAAGAAGAUGUUUGUUCAGCUCGGAGAGAAGGGCGAGGGCUGGUCCGCGUGUUGGAUCCUCGACACGGGAGCGACCAAUCACAUGACGGGCGUGCGGGUUGCCUUCGCCGAGCUCGACACAGGGAUCUGCGGCACCGUCUGAUUCGGCAACAGCUCAGUGAUCGGCAUCGAGGGGCGUGGCAUCGUCCUCUUCAAGUGCAAGAAUGGCGAGCACCAAGAGCUCACCGGCGUGUACCACAUUCCUCGGCUGACUGCAAACAUCAUUAGUUUGGGCCAGCUCGAUGAAGAAAGGUACAAGAUCCACAUCGAGGAUGGGGUCCUCAGGGUCUGGGAUCAGCGGCGGCGGUUAAUGGCGAAGGUCCAGCGAUCACCGAGUCGGCUCUAUGUCCUCGACCUCAACAUCGACAAGCCGGUGUGCCUGUCCGCGCAAGGCACCUAGGUGGCAUGGCAAUGGCAUGCCUAAGGGUGGCAAUUUCCCCCAUCGAGUUGGGUCCCCGCGGGUUUCAGA